AUGUCUCUUCAGAGGCAUUUCAGUGCUUUCUGCCUUUUCCCCAUGAGGAGAUGGUACCUUGCCAUGCUGGCCACUUUCCUCUCAACACUUUCCAAUUUAUCAGAAACAUUGCAAGAAAACCGCUUCAAAUUGGAAUCCUUCCACUCGGGUACAAUCAUGCAAACAGCCGGCGGAAUUUAUUUAACCUUCAGCCAACUGCUCAACCAUCUUGAAAUUAUUGAUAGCCCAUCAGCAAUGAUCAAGAUGGAGAGGCUAAAUGAAGAGACUGGAGGGAGUAGGUCUAAGGCAGGGCGAGGAAGCGCCUCCAACCACCGAGCGGGUCAGAAAAGGCUGGAGGGCUUCGCCAACCGCCCAGCGGCGGAGGGCGGGGCUGGCGGAGGCGCAGGCUUCAAGACGCCACGCCUCCGCCUCUGCCUCAACCUGGGCAGAAGCCAGCUGCCGGGUCUGAAGCCUGUCGGGAUGUCGUCACUUCCGAGGAGGUCGCCCUCUGCAUCCGGGUCAGCAGCUGCCGCUGCCGCUGUGGCCGAGGGUCUGGUCCUGGGUCUUACCGCUGUUGAAGGAGAGCGGGCUCCGCUCGACGAUACGUUCUACGACCUGGCCGUCCGCCCCACGUCGCCGGCCUGGAGGGGCGAAGAAGACGAGGAGGCCAAGGCUUCCUCCGGGGACAUUGGCUCUCCAGAUUAUCAGGAGUUUGUAGUUGACAUAGAGUCCAGGCUAAGAAUGGAAGGUGUAGAACUUAAGGAAGAAUGGCAAGAUGAAGAUUUUCCAAUACCAUUACCGGAAGAUGAUAGUAUUGAAGCAGAUGUAUUAGCUGUAACUGGACCAGAGAGUCAGCCUGGCUCACUAGAAGUUAAUGGCAAUAAAGUGAGAAAGAAACUGAUGGCUCCAGAUAUUAGCCUGACCCUGGACCCUAGUGAUGGCUCUGUGUUGUCAGAUGAUUUGGAUGAAAGUGGGGAGAUUGACUUAGAUGGCUUAGAUACACCAUCGGAGGAUAGUAAUGAAUUUGAGUGGGAAGAUGAUCUUCCAAAACCCAAGACUACUGAAGUUAUUAGGAAAGGCUCAAUUACUGAAUACACAGCAGCAGAGGAAAAAGAAGAUGGACGGCGCUGGCGUAUGUUCAGAAUUGGAGAACAGGACCACAGGGUUGAUAUGAAAGCAAUUGAACCCUAUAAAAAGGUUAUCAGCCAUGGAGGAUAUUACGGAGAUGGAUUAAAUGCCAUUGUUGUGUUUGCUGUCUGUUUUAUGCCUGAAAGUGGUCAGCCUAACUAUAGAUACUUGAUGGACAAUCUCUUUAAGUAUGUUAUUGGCACUUUGGAGCUGUUAGUAGCAGAGAACUACAUGAUAGUUUAUUUAAAUGGUGCAACAACUCGAAGAAAAAUGCCCAGUCUGGGAUGGCUCAGGAAAUGUUAUCAACAAAUUGAUAGAAGGUUACGGAAAAACCUAAAGUCUCUAAUCAUUGUACAUCCCUCUUGGUUUAUCAGAACACUUCUGGCUGUUACAAGACCAUUUAUUAGCUCAAAAUUCAGCCAAAAAAUUAGAUACGUCUUUAAUUUGGCAGAGCUAGCGGAACUUGUCCCCAUGGAAUAUGUUGGCAUACCAGAAUGCAUAAAACAGUAUGAAGAAGAAAAGUUAAAAAAGAAACAGAAAAGAGUUGAUCAAGAGCUUAAUGGAAAACAAGAUGAACCGAAAAAUGAACAGUAAGUUUGGCAUCUAGUCCAAACAUGACUGAAGAAUGUGCUGAUGAAGCAGUGCUUUUUUUUUUUUUUUUUUUUUGCAUUUAUAAUGCAUUUAUUGGUCCUGGUUUUUAUGUAACCUGUUACAGAAUUGACUUGACUUUUUCUUAAUGGACUUUUGUAUGAGGGACUGUUCACUGCUGUAUUGGUUUGCAGAUCUCUUGAAUUUAGCUCUUUACUAGCUACUUGUAAUCAUUUUAUAUUUUAUAUUGCUAAAUAGCAGAGAACCACACUUUAUAUAAAGCAGUUUUUGGAUUUGUUUGUUAAAUAAUGUGUCUUCUUCAGUAAAAUAUUUAUAUGCCUAAAUGGAAAAGGAAAGAGAUAAUAUAUAUUUUUAUGUUUUUGAGCAAUAUUUUUUAAUGUAUACCUUUCAUGUGGAAGAAUAUGCAGAUAAAUAAGACCAUGGUUUUGUAAAGUGCAUGUUAGAAUUUUUGUUUUUGUAAAUGGUUCAAUACAUGUCCUGGGUCACUUAGAAAAUAUGCUCAUAAGGUGAGGGACAGUUAAACUGGUUCUCAUGAAUAUCCAAAGGUUAUGUACAUAAUCUAAGUAGAUUAGUACCACUCUGAGCUUUUUUCCCCCUUAACAUUUGUUGUUUCUUAAUUCAGACACACAUACUCGAGUGUAUUAUGCACUUUUUCCUUUUUUAACUUAAAAGACAUGUCAAAAAGACAUUUUUAGAAUUAGAGAAUUUAAGAGGUUCAGAAUUGGUUGUGUAUGUAUAUAUUGGACAUUUUAUCUUUUGGCUAAAAGUCAGAAAGAACUUCAUUAAAAUUUUUAGGUCUGUUCACUAAUGUGAAAUAAACUGUGUGUCCAGGGUAUCACUUUCCUGAAUUUGUGUGAGGGCAGUGUAAUAUUCAGAGAAUGUGGUGAGUUAUUCAUUGUUAAUACUUUUCUUUAGAAAACAGGGGCUGCUUUAUUUAGUUGUCUUCAAUGUGGGCACUUUACCAAAAUACUUUCACAUCAGGUGUUUGACCUAACCCCUGGUUUGUUUUCACAUUUUCUGUUGAAUCGUCUUGACAGUACUGUAAAUUAAGUUAUUUUGUAAGUCUUAGAGCAUCAUCAUAUUAUGCUGUUUUGGAUGACACAUUUGGUGUAAGCAUAUAAACUCCUUGUUUAAUUUGGUAAGAACCUUGACUCUACACUGAAAUUGUACUUAGGUUUCCAAGUAGAACUAAUUACCCACAAAAUCAUCCAAAAACAACAGAUUGGUCUACUACUACGUCAUAUACUUGUGUGGCUCAUAUAUUUGGUAAACUUAGUACCUUCCUCAUUUAAGGUCAUACCACGCUUCAGCUGUUCCUAUAAGGUAAUUUACAAAAGAGUAGCAAAAUUGAGGUCAGUGAGAGCUAAACUGUUAGGAUUUAUUCCAUCCUAGCCUGAACACACAUGUAUGUGGCUCUGCCCCCGCCCCCCCAAACCUCCCACCCUGUUGUUGGUCACACUCAUGACAUGUGGAAGUUCCCAGGCCAGGGAUCAAAUCCGAGCUGCAUCUGUGACCUGCACCACAGCUACAACAACACAGGAUCCUUAACUGCUAUGCUGGGCAGUUUCCAACCAGAAAUGCCACAGAGACAAGGCAAAUCAUUAACCCACUGUGCCACAACAGGAACUCCACACGUGUUGCUGUUUUUAGCAUACUGUUUCUAGUACAAAAGAGAAUUUUCCUUUACUUUUUGUCCUCCUCAGUCUUGACACACUAACCUGAGUCCAAUUGUGGGAGGUGGUGGAGGAUUCCCAGGAUGAGACUUUUCCUCAGCAGCCUCCUGACUUAAUUGGAGCCAGCAGCUGUAGACAGAUGCUGAACUAAUAUCAUUUUAGUGAAUAAAGCCAAAGCUAUCAUUCCUUGCUCCAAUCUUAGAAAUACUUUGUGUUCAAAAAGCAAACUAACAAUAACAACUUAGGCAUUCCUUUUGAUUUUAACAUAUGAGGAUGAAUAAUAUGAAUAAAAGAUCAUACUGAAUUUAAUUGUGAUUAGAGUCUGUAUUCGUAGAGCACUUUAAGUAGUCUUUCAUCUAUAAAUUUGUAUCUCACUCAAACUGGGCUGACCUUUUUAAAUGGGUGGCUUUCCUCCACAUUAAUUACCCAAUUCUUCAGUUUCUACACUACUGUUUAUUGACUUGGUUGCUUCUGCAAGCCUUGUUCCUUUAGAACAUUAAAAUUUAGAGGGCUCAGUGAUAGCAUUUAGGAUAUAACCAAAGGGAUGUGCUAUGAAUUACUAGGUUUAAAAGGCCAUCUGUUCUAACCUACACAUUAAUGGAAUCUGGUAUAGGGACAUACCCUGUAACGUUGGGAUUUAAGAUCAUAAAUAGGUUAGAGGAAAAGCAUUUAUUAAGUUUGUUAUUUGUAAUUAGUAGCUAUGUGACAUUCUCCCCGUAUCAUUCAAUUUUAAUUUUCCAUUACUGAUUGAGAUGAAAGUACAUAUAAUUGUGUUAUUUUAUCUUCUGCACAGGUCAUGGACCUAACUUGUUUAAUUUGAUGUUUCUACCAGAAUAUUUUGUGUGUGUCUUUAGGCUUUGGAGUGCUUCUUUUUACUCAAGAGUUUCUCAUAUAAAGUAAUUGGAUUGUGUUCUGCUUGGUCAUAUUCCUUAUUAGCACCAAAGGAAGACACUAUAUUGAUCCCAAAGUUUAAGCUCAGUAGUCUUUAACUGGGGAUGGGGAUGUGUGUAAAGAAGUAUGGUUUUAAGUGGGACCUAGCAGGGUAGCUGGAAAAGAUUACAAAACAAGGAGGUAAGAGAAAGAAAACUAUAAAGGGUUAGAGUGCUGUUGUCUAAUAUGCCACUGAAUGUGUCCUUGUUAAGGGAAGUGCUGUAUAUGCUAGCUGUUGGUACCAUUUCCUGUAUCAGGCAGGAAAACCUGCAAGCCUCACACAGAAUAUGUUAAUAAGGGCACUGUGGAGUGAAAGGGGCAAAGGCUGGUAAUCUGUAAUGAGAAUGCAUAUUUUCCUCUGCUUUGUCUCUUGAUACAGAAGCAAGUUUAAACAGGGAGGGUCAGCAAUUAUGGUGAUUUAGAUUAAAGUUUAGGGCCAGGCUACUUUUCACACUUCAUGGUCUGUAAACAUUAAUUUAUUGUUCCAAAAUGGAUAUCACUGUUUAGUAACUAUACUGAAUACUGAAAUAUGCUGAUUGAUAGUUAUAUAUAGGUAGCUAGACUUUCUUCAGCUGCAAUUCCAGAAUUUAAAAAGGUAAAGAAUCAGAGUUCCCUGGUUGCUCAGUGGGCUAAGGAUCUGGCAUUGUCAUUGCUAUGACUCUGGAUGCUGCUGUGGUGUGAAUUUGAUCCCUGGACUGGGAAUUACCACAAGCUGUGGGUGCCCAGACAAAAAUAAAAUGAAAUUAAAAGGUAAGGAAUCUGCUUUUUGGUAAGAGACUUCUUAUGAAUGACUUUAUAGCAUUACUCUUUGGCUAUUAUGUGAGUGCUCAGGGAAUUUGAAAGUAUUUAAAUACAGAAGUGACUUUCUCUAGGUUUCUUCAAUUGAUAGAUUAGUUAGCAUUAGGAUGUAUCAAGUAGAAUAGUCCAGUUUCCUGAAAUGGGCAGUAGCAUCAUCCUUCUUCCCAUGUUGUAUAUGGAAAAUUGCUAACUGGCUCAAUCAGAAGCAAGAGGAGAUAGACUGAAAAUAGGUAGAUAUGGCUACUCCAUUCUGUUUUGUUUUCAUGCCUAUUUUUUUCAUUCUAUAUAAAUAUUUGAGAAGUGGAUCACAAAUCUCAGAAGGAUGGGAGAGAUAGAGGAAUUAAUGUACUUAAAGGUUAACCUUGUCAGGGGAAUAGGGACUAUGUAAAAAGAGUUAAGGACUUUGACUUGAAUGAGAAGGUCAGCUGUUAAGGGAAGUGGGUGAUUAUCAACUUAGUGUUCUAAUAGUAAAGAAGAAUUACUUGGAGAGCCUUUCACCUCUACCCCCCACCCCAAGAUUCUGAAUGCAUUAGAAUCAGAUCAAUUGUAAGUCCCAGCAAUGUUAACUUUCCUUUGAAGUUAAUGGUCACUGAAAUGAUAGUUGAAAAUUAGGUAAUGUGGGAGUUCCCGUCCUGGAUCAGUGGUUAAUGAAUCUGACUAGGAACCAUGAGGUUGCAGGUUCGAUCCCUGGUCUUGCUCAGUGGGUUAAGGAUCAGGCGUUGCCAUGAGCUGUGGGGUAGGUCGCAGACGUGGCUCAGAUCCUGUGUUGCUGAGGCUCUGGCGUAGGCCAGCGGCUACAGCUCUAAUUAGAUCCCUAGCCUGGGAACCUCCAUAUGCCAUGAGAGUGGCCCUAGAAAAGGCAAAAAGACAAAAAAAAAAAAAAAAAAAAAAAGAAAAUUAGGUACUUUGUUGAAUAGCAAGGAGUGACACUAAAAUUUGGAUAGAACUGUUACUUUAUUGCAACUGUAUAUGAUCUACUUAAUUUUUUGUGUUCUGAGAACUACUUUUAAAAGGCUAUGAAAAGUUUACGUAAAUCACUUAACACCUCGAAGACCAAAACGAAAUCAACCGAAAUCAACGGUCUAAUGCUUUCAUGUUACUCACAAUUAUGUUUCAGAUAGCUAUCUAAUUCUAUUUUACAAGACACUCUACAAGAGGAUAAAAUAUUUGCAUUUUGAAAUUUUUGUGCGUUUUCACAUUCAGUGUAGCUAAGUAGAAACUUGGAAAAUAAUAUUACCUACUCCACUGCACUUUUUUUUUUUUUUUUUUUUUUUUUCCUUUUCUCUUUAUGGCUGCACCAGCGGCAUAUGGAGGUUCCCAGGCUAGGGGUCAAAUCGUAGCUGUAGCUGCUGGCCUUGGCCUACACCACAGCUAUAGCAACUCGGGGCAGCAUCUGCAACCCACACCACAGCUCACGGAUCCUUAACCCACUGAUCAAGGCCAGGGAUCGAACCUGUGUCCUCAUGGAUGCUAGUUAGAUUUGUUUCCAAUGAGCCAGGACGGGAACUCUUUUUUUUUUUUUUUUUUUUUUCAACAGCACUUUUUGUAUUUGAAUUUUCUGAAGUUAUGCCCCUUAAAUGGUUAAUAUACAUAAAAUACCUAGUAAAUAUUUGUGGUCUUAAGGCCACUGACUUGUACAACCCUUGGGGCAUAAUUCACAUGGGACACAACUCAGUUUGUUAGACACUAAUGUACAUUCAUACCGUUUUCAAGGAUUUGAACAUUUUUCUUACAGGUUUACAUGCUGCCAUUUAGACAGUGUACUGUGGUUAUUUUACCACUUUUCAGAUGAUGUUCCCUGGCCUAGUGCUCUCCUUUUACUGUGUGAGAAAUUGAGUUCUGAAGACUGUACAAGAUGUGGAUGCGGUCCCUGUAAGAAAUACUACAGUUGUGGUCUUGAUGUACUAGGAGGAUGUAAUAUUUUCUUUUUCCUUGACUUGUUAGGAAUAUAGUAACUUGUGUCCUGAUUUAUAGCACAUCGUGUUUUUGCAACAUUAAUUAAUUUAAAUAAAUUCAUUUAAAAGUU